CAUCAUAAUAUCGCGUGCGGCGAAGAUGAUGAAGACCACGUGCGAUCUGACCGCCAGGCGCUCGGCCACGCUGAAAGCAAGGGUAUGACGUGGCUCGUUGGGAUGCAUCAGUACAGUCAGAGAAGGCAUCACCUGCGCUGUCCACGACGGCGAAGCGGUCUGCUGGACGACAACCGCGGCUGUUCCAUCCCUUCCCCGAAGAGACUGUUCGCAGCGGGAAUCCUUCUGGACAAAGUGGACUGCAGCAUGGCGAGGCGGGGGGCAGAACAUUUGGCAGAACAGCAAGCCGACACAACGGGACGCCACAUUUGGCUGGCGGAGGAGGGAUUGACGCGCUGCGGCGACGCGAGUUGGUGCAAGGCGGCUACCACGCUACGGAACAUCCAGGGCUACAUUGUGCUGUUCGACGCCUCGCACGACAACGUGGACGGGGAGCACGGAGGCCACGUCUGCACUGGUGACGUCUUCCCGCAGCCGCAGCUGUCAUCCCUGCUCUCAUCGCCGUUCGAGCAGUCAGUGCAAUGUGGACGCCUCGCACGAGAAACCCCUGCGGAGAAGAAACGCCUGGAAGCAGUUCGACAUCCGCGCUCCAGCAAGCGGGCUUGUUGCUGCUAGUGUCCCGCCAAGCGUUUCACAUCAAGACCGUGCCUACGAGAUCAGCAACCGCCGUGAAGCAGAACGGCGAAUCUGCAAGCAAGGAAGUGUCUGCAAGGAACUUUAAUUUCACCGGCAUAUCUUGCAAACGCUACAAAGCUUGGAAUGUGGUGCCCCAGCCAGUCAGAGGAAUGGGGCAACGAAACAAUACUUUCUAAUAAGCUAAUUUGUAUGUCAUUCGCUUUUAUGUAGAUUUUAUGUAUCAAAUUAAUAACUCUGCAAUGGAAACAAUGUCGUACCACAAAUAGACAUCUUUAAUAA